AUGGACCGGUCCCUGGAGAAGGCCAUCAUGCCUGGUGAACCACUGAUGCUGCCUGCGUCCUUUGCUCUGGCCUCUGCCAGCAGCUCUCGCUACAGCAGUAGCAGUAGCAGCAGCAGUGGCAGCUGUGGCCACGAGGACAACUGGAAGCAGGCUCUCAUCCGGUUUAAUAUGUUUUGUGGAGAACCAGAGCCGGGAGACCUGAUCGAGAUUUUUCAUGUUGGCUACAAGGAUUGGGCCAUCUACAUGGGAGAUGGUUAUGUGAUCCAUCUGGCUCCUCCAAGCGAGUUUCCCAGGUUUGGUUCUUCCAAAAUGUUCACAUUUCUGAGCUGCAAGGCUGUGGUGGCGAAGGAUCCCCUGGGGGACGUGGGAUGGGGGUGCUUCUACCGGGUCAACAACCACUUGGACCAUCAGUACCGGCCACAGCCUGUUGAUAAGAUCAUCAGUUCUGCGAAGAAAAUGAUUGGUGACAAGAAGAUGUACAAAGUUUUAUGUGAGAACAGUGAGAAGUUUGUCACUGAUCUGAGAUAUGGCUGGCCCCGCUGCAAGUUGUCGUGCCAAAAUCCACAACCUGGAGACCUGAUUGCAAUUUCUCGUGUUGCCUAUAAGCAUUGGGCAAUCUAUAUGGGAGAUGGUAAUGUAGUCCAUCUGAACAAAUCAGGGAUCCAGGUUGUGGUGAAAGAGGACCCUCUGAAGAAAGUGGUGAAGGAAGACAAGUACUGGGUCAACAACUAUUUGGACUAUAAGUAUAGACCACGGCCUGUUGAUGAGAUCAUCAGCUUGGCAAAGAAGACAAUUGGUAAGAAAGUGAAGUACAACCUUCUGUGUUGUAACUGCGAGCACUUUGUUACCGAGCUGAGAUACGGCAGAUGCCACAGCAAGCAGGUGUGA